CAUGCCCAUUUGGACUCGCUGGCGGAGACGUUCCGGUGCUUCAUCUGCAUGGAGCGGCUGCGCGACGCGCACCUGUGCCCGCACUGCUCCAAGCUGUGCUGCUACCCGUGCAUGCGCCGCUGGCUGACGGAGCAGCGCGCACAGUGCCCGCACUGCCGCGCCGCGCUGCGCCCGCACGAGCUGGUCAACUGCCGCUGGGUCGAGGACGUGACGCGACACAUCGACGCGCUCGCCGCCAACGCGGGCGCCGGCGACCCGGCACACGCCGACAGCUACCGAGACGUCUGUGAAGAGCACCAAGAAAAACUGACAGUUUACUGCUGGACGUGCCGCCAAUGCAUAUGCCACCAGUGUGCACUGUUUGGUGGCGAGCACUCUGGUCAUGAUUUCAAGCCUCUGGAAGAUGUUUACAAGCAGCACGCUGUCCAGAUUGGGGACGAGGUCUCCCAGCUGCGCCGCAGAUUGCUAGAGCUCAUUAGCCUCGUCCAGGAAGUGGAGGACAAUGUUGAUUCCGUGCGGACAGCUAAAGAGGAACGUGUGAACGAACUGCAUAAUGCCAUGGAAGCUAUGGCCCAGAAUCUGGACAUACAGUUGACAGUAAAAUUAAUCAAACUAGAGAAACAGAAAAAUGCUCUACUGCAGGACGCCGAACAGCUGGAAGCCAUCCUGCAAGAAGUGGAGGGCCAAAUGCAGACAUGUUCUCACGCGGAGUUAAUACGGAGAAGCCACGAGCUGUCAUCUAUGAUUCACGCUUUGCGUAAGAAGCCAAUGGCGAGCUUUGUCACUGCGCCAGUUCCUGCCGACUUCGUAAGUGAAAUAGUUCCUUCAUAUGAUACUGGCACUUUUGAAAUUCAGCACUAUAGUCAACUUCAACAGAAAGCAGAUCCAGUAUAUUCACAGCCACUGAAUGUUAAUGGCCUCUCUUGGCGCCUCAAGGUGUAUCCUGAUGGAAAUGGUUUUGUUCGAGGGAGUUAUCUCUCUGUUUUCUUAGAACUUACUGCUGGCCUUCCAGAAACGUGCAAAUAUGAAUAUCGAAUGGAGAUGGUCCACCGUGCAGCCCAAGAUGAAAGCAAGAAUAUUGUCCGAGAGUUCGCUUCUGAUUUUGAAGUUGGUGAGUGCUGGGGAUACAAUCGUUUCUUCCGCUUGGAUUUACUUGCCAGUGAGGGAUUCUUAAAUGCUGAAGAGGAUAUGCUAACCCUGAGGUUUCAAGUACGUCCACCAUCAUAUUAUCAGAGGUGCAAGGAUCAACAGUGGUAUAUUGGAAAAUUAAAUGAAUCAAACAUCAAAUAUGCAGCACAGAUACAAGUGCUAAAAGAGAGAUUGAGAAUUGAAAUUUCAAGGAACAACAUAUCAGCUACAAGAGGUCAUGAUGAUGCAGAAACUACAAUACACAGCAAAUCUAUCAUAACAUCAAACUCUGAUGGUGAUAAUGAACAUUCAGUUGACAAUGAGACAGAAAAUGUGUAA